GCUGAAGACUGGACAUCAACACUACACAUCAAUUUACUGCAUUCUAUGAAGAAGUUGAGUAAAAACAGCUGUCAAACAGCUAAGAAGUUAGAGUAUGCGCUGAUUUUAAGUAGGCUAUUCCCCGACACAACAACCUCCAGUAUGAAGUGUUUGGGUUAUGAAUGGGAAUCCAGAAAAGUACGCUCUAAGAGAAGGACAAAUCCCAAACCAGCAAAUAAACUAUGUGUGCCUUCCAAAUUUGAGGAGAAAUGUUUGGAAUCAAAAUUAGACAACACUCGAGCAUCCAGAGAAGAAACAAUAGCCGUCCAGUAUUCAAGGAAAAGAUUCAAGUUAAAACCACGUGCUUCUUUAGAAAGUGAUAUUUCCACUCAUGAGAUCUCCAGUGCUAAUGAAAAACUGGAGAAUCUCAUUCCUCAGAUGCUGGCAAUGGAGGACCGAAGCAGAAAUUCACACAUAAAUGAUUCACCCGAUGUUACCAGUUUUGUGAAAAACCCAUGUGAAGGCCUAAGGCCAAGGGCAUCCAAGAAAGAGACAUCAGUGUGUACAAGUGAUAAUAAUACUAAGAACAAUUUCCAGGACCAAAGGAAUGGAGGACCCUCACACAGGUGUGACAUUGAAGGGUGCAAAAUGAGUUUCAAAACAAAGAGAGAGGUGUCCCUUCACAAACGUAACCGGUGUCCAGUCAAUGGUUGCGGAAAGAAGUUUAACUGUCACAGAUAUGCCGUACGUCAUCAACGCGUCCAUGAAGAAGAUAGACCCUUGAAAUGUUCAUGGGAAGGUUGCAGCAUGUCUUUUAAGUGGAGUUGGGCAAGGA